CACGGGCACAUGCAGGUGCACUGCACUUACACACUCAUGUAUCUCCGUACAUGCCUGCUUGCUAAUAAAGUCUGUCUAGGUUGGGGACUGCCCAGUCCAUGCAGCAGCAGCUAGUGAGGCGCCUUCAUCUCAACGGUUUUCUCUUGCCUCAUCUCAUCCCUCCGAAUCCGUCCUCACUUUUUCUUAUCUAGCCUCCCCUUCUACCUAACCCAUAUCCUAUUCCGCCCUCUCUCCUCUCUGGUGAUCCUUUCCUAUGCCGUGUCACAUGUUGGCUGGUAUUACAAGACAUCCUUAAGAGCUAUCUGUCCAUACUCGAGUUUAUUCCGGCCUCUGACUGAAGCCAGGAGGCCCGUUCUCAACCCGGACAGUGACAAUGCUGGGUCCGUCUUCCCAGCCAUAGAGGUUACUUCCGCGCGGCGCCUCGCAGGUUCUCUUUUGCAUAGCCGACAGACUCGGCCUAAACCCAACACUUUGUAUAUCUAGUAUCGCCCUUGCGCGCUCUCGCAAGUGGCCAUAUGAUGCAUCAAUUACAGCAACCUGUCAUCGUCCAAGACAAGGACUCCCGUGACUUAGAGCACCCUCACCCUCGUCACCACCACCACCCGGAGCGGGCGGCAUCCGCAGCCAUCACCACCACCACGCACCAGCAACACCAACAACACCAGCACUACCGCUCCUCCCACAACUCCUUCCACCACCCAAUGGCCUUCGAGUCCUCCCCCUCGGACCCGGAGACAAGCUCGCUGCUCACCCACCCGCCGUCCCUCUCGGACAUCCUCGACAACCUGCCGUCCGCCGUCAAGAGCAGCCUGGGCCCGCUCAACACCAUCCGCCGCUCCGUGAGCAUCCGGAGCUGGGCCUCGUACUUUUACGAGAUCUCGUCCAACACGAUGGGCGUCGCCGCCUCGCACGAGGGUGCCACAGCAGCCCGCAGCACAACUGUCGUGUCUAGGACCACCAGCACCACCGCCGUCGAGAUGCAGCAGCACAGCAACCGCGGCGAGAAGCGCGUCGCCGCCGCCCACUCGCAGGCGCAGGCGCAGAGGAGGAUGGCCGAGCCGCCGCAUUAUGAGGAGGUAGAUCAGAGCUUUGGGAUCAACAGGUUCUGCGGCCUGCAGGGCCAGCUGCUGGUCAACAACUCUCUGUCAGACGGUAGGCCCUCGUCACUGCAGGGCCACGCCGCCGCGGGCAGGAUCGACCGCAAGGCGUACGUCCAGGGCGUCGCCUGGCUGGUCCACGGGCUCCCGGACGACCUCGACAAGCACGAGCGGACGGAGUUGAUAAGGGCCAUGCCGCCGUCCCUGUGGGAGGAGGCGCACAGGACGCCGACGUCACGGCAGCCGGGGGCGCCGCCCUACCCAUCAUCAUCAUCCACGUCGUCCUCCUCGUCCUCAUCAUCAACAACAACACCACCACCACCAUCAGGGUACGGCUACUACUACCUCGGGGCCAGCAGCGGGGCCAUGGGCGAGGCCGGGUGGACCCUGGCCCAGAGGCUCCUGCACGCCGCGUGGCUGCAGCUGCUGGUCCCGCUGCACAUGCUGUGGGCGUACGUCCUGGUGCUGCUGGGCCGCGCGGGCCGCCUCGAGCGCGAGUACAAGGUCACCGAGCAGGUCGUCAAGCACUCCGGGGAGCUGGGCUACGGCGUGGGCAAGGGCGGGGUGCGGCUGUCGGGCGUCAUCUACAACCACGGCGGCGCGAGGGUCGGGCACCUCGUCACCAACGUCGUCGCGUACACGGCCGACGGCCUGGUCAAGGGGAUCAGCGACGGGAUACGGGAGGCGAGGUCGGAGAGGCACAGGUGUUGUGGGGGCGGGGGCGGUAGUGGGGAGGAAUGUGGUGGUGGUGGUGGUGGUGGUGGUGGUGGUGGUGAUUGAGAUCCUCACCUCCUCUCUCCUCCGGUGUCAUCUCCUUUUGGGGCAUGCUGCUAGUUUUUUGUGGCGUUGGUUUUGCAUAGAGGUCGGUGGGUUACAAGCCUUGCUAUUUCGGUCGAUCAGAUUUUACUCCAGCGUAAAUAGAAUACCAUACAAAAAGAAAAAGACCAUUUUCUAGA